GUUUCCAGUAGUCCACCGGAGAAGGCUGGUCUGGUCGGGAAGGUAGGCAGUUUAGUAUAGUCAGUCCGUAACAUUCGGUUCGAUCUGAUCCGGUGCAGUUGGGUCGGUCUCGGAGUCAGUACAUUGCGAGAUUCAAAGCAGUGCUGACGUCGUCGUCGGUUGUGUCGUUUAGCGUACCUAUAGAGAAAGAAUAGCGAGGUUCGUCGGCUAACGCGCGCGUGUCUAUCGUUCGUUGUCCAGCGUGCGGAGUGUGGCAUAUUGUUUGUGUUUCGCGCGUAUCGUUUCAGUUGUCAUCGUUACAACAAUAGUCGCGGUGCAUUUCAUGAACCUCUUUUCACCUUUGCGAACAUCGGUACCAACCCAUUUUGAGGCCGGAGGGUUAACUCAUUUGCAUCUUUCCUGAGUGUGUGAAACAAUAAGAAACGGAUUUACUUGCGACGCUGACUUGGAAUAGAACGACAGCGGAGGGUAUUUUUGCCUUUGCUUGGGGCGACUGCAUGCAGCAACUUGAAGAAAACAAAAGUUGUUGAUGUGACGACGACUACGUAGAUUGUAGCCGUCAAGGUGCGAGUGAUGGAACGUGACCUUCUUGGCUACACAAAGUACACAAACCGUGUGGUUCCUACGUGUUGAGGCGAUUACCCCGCAGUGGAUAGUAGUGUAGUUAAACACCGGACGGAUCGAGCAUUUCGUUGUGAAUAUUAAUUGCUUGAUUGAAAUAUGCAUCGCUGAUCAUCGGCGUUCCGAGAAUGAUUCAGUGAGUAGACGUUGGAAUUUCCCAAUUACGGCGGUUGGAAGGAGAGCUGAUAGAAAACUAUUUCGUGGUAGCGCGGCAAGUGAAACGCUGACCGCAUUUAGGGCACCAGUACGGUAAAUACAAUACCGAAACCCAAAACUAGACCACAGCGAAUGGUUUCGGUUCCGUUAGUGAGAUUUCUUAGCCGUCGACGACGACGGUGGCGGUAACUUACCCAAUAGUGUGCAAUAGUGAAGCAUUGGGGUGUAGCCAGUUACAGUUAAUCCAACGAUCGGCUGUAUGAAUGAAACAUUAAACGCCGCUUCUGAAAAAACACAAAGUUAUGGCAGCUGGUUGUACUUGUAGUAACUAAUCUCGAAGCGAAGUGUCGAGUCGAGUGUGUGACAUUCAAUACAGGAGAGGAGCCGGGUCGUAAAACAAAAAAAAAUCAACUCAACGCCGCAUGUGAUUGAAUUUCAUUUCCAAUAACAGUGUGGCCGUUGUUUUCUGUGCGGAUUUAUUGCCGAGUGUAAAAGUGUUGAGUGGAGCAGGUGUUGGGCAACAACGAAAGCCAUUGUGGCGCACUUUUGUUUUUGUUAAACUCGAAUAAGGAUGCUCAUUGGUGGCAUAGACGGAAAGAAGAAGAUCACGCAGGAAAGCUGAAUUGGUUGGCCAGUUGGUAGAAGAAAGGGGUUAUUGUCGACGCCCCAGCAGUUUGGAUUAUUUGCGUACGGUGCAAUUAACAAGUUUGCAACGCUGAAAGAUUUGGUUCACACCGGAACACAUCGAGUGCCAAGCGGAACACGCGCCAUCUGGCGGUAUCGAACAACCGAGCAAACACGCAUUCGUCUCGGUUUGUCGGAAUCGUGAACAAAGCAAUCGGAAAAAGAUUAGCUACAUCCAACCGAUUACCUAUAGAUAUUUUAUUUUAUCGCCGCCGCGUCAGCAGCAAAAGCAACAACAGCGGCCCCGUCACCGUCCGUCUCGCGUGCAUCCUGCAGUACAUAUCAUGCAGAGAGAUACCGUCGCUUUACCGCACCGACUGCAAUCGUACAAUUUAUGCUAAAUUAUCAUAAAGACUCAACCGACCAUAACACACCGCGCGGGGAGAUUUAUCAGCUUGUGCCAGUUACUACAACGACUGCCGAACCAUGGCACGGGCACUCCCAUUGCUGGCCCUGUUACUCACGCACAAUUUGGCAAGUUCAUUUCCGCAGCAUCACCACCACUACACCGACUACGUGCUCGGCGGGGAACUAGUCAGUGGCGGCAGCGGUACCGGCGGGGCACCAUCGGGAAUUGGAUCCAGCGGACCAAGUGGGUCCGGAGGCACGGGCACCGGCGCCGUCGGUGAACAACGAUUCACAUGUCCCGAACCGACAAGUACCGCAAGCGACUGCAGCUGCAUGUACGCCAGCGCCGAUUACGAAAUUCAAUGUCCCGUGAUUAAUCCGGAAAUUACGGUGAAAAUAAAACCCGGCAUCUACGCGCAGAUACAGUGCUACGAAAAACAGGAGUUUAGCGAACUACCAACGUUAAAUGUUGGUAAUACGACGCAGGUCAAAAUCAUCCAUUGCCCAUUGCCACAACGGCAAUCGAUAAAGCAGUUUAUCAAAUUUCUCGGCGUUAAACACGUGAAAGAUUUUUGGUACCAGAAUUACGGCAAAGAUUUGGGAGUCCGAUUGAUCCGACAGCACUUUGAGGGUAUGCAUGAUUUGGAAAAGCUUUUCCUCAGUUCAGGAAUUGAAGACAUCCAGCCGGAUCUGUUCGCCGAUUUACCGAACCUGAAGUGGCUCAUUCUUCGAAGCAAUCACGUCAAACUGCUUCACAACGUUUUCGAUAACCUCACGAAUCUGGUUAUUCUGGAACUGGGCGCCAAUCAGAUCGCCGAGCUAGAACCAGGCCUGUUUAAGAAUCAACGUAAACUACGACAUCUCAACCUAUGGCGAAACCAGCUUCGGAAUAUUUCCAAAGAGUCUUUCCGCGGGGCCGAAACGCUUCAAGAACUUGACCUAUCCGUCAACGCGAUUGAAACACUCAAUUCCGAUGUGUUCACUUUACUGCCGGACCUGACUGUGCUGAACCUAGGUUUCAACCGGUUUACGGUUCUACCAGCGAAUCUCCUGUCCGAAAAUCGUAAGCUGAGAGAGAUCAAAUUCACAAAUAAUCAAGCUCCACUGCAAACUCUACCUGAUGGUUUUCUUGGAAAUCUACCACAGCUGAAAACGGUUAUCUUGAACCGGUGCAGUUUCACUUAUCUACCCAGUUCGCUGUUCCGAGGAUCAAGCGAUAUUACCUACAUGGAUCUCAGUUAUAAUCAGCUUGGAUCAGUCCCAGAGUUACUUCUACGGGAUCAGUUGCGACUCCAAGAUCUGAAUUUGGCCUUCAACGAACUGGAAUCACUUCCAGAACGCUUGCUGGAAAACACCCGAGAGUUACUCAGCUUGCGACUGUCCUACAACCGUCUCUACAACCUUUCAGCAAAUAUCUUUGCCUCUUUGGAUAAACUAACAGAGUUGCAUCUGAACGACAAUUUCCUGCAUGCCAUCGAUAGACUCACCUUCAGCAACACCAAAGCCCUCGGCAAGCUGUACAUGCAAAACAACCACCUCUCCUUCAACGACUUCAGCUUCGUCCUUCAGGAGCAGGACAUCGGAGACAGCGAUGGAACGCCGUUCCAGUACUUGGAAAACCUGCAAGUCCUGAAUCUUCGCAACAACAGUAUCACCACUAUCUUCCGUGACUGGAACUACAACAACCUGCUUCUGCGCGAACUCGAUCUCAGCUUCAACAACAUCUCUACGCUGUCCUAUCUGAGUCUACAAUUCCUCUCGCAGGACGUUCGGGUUAAUCUAACAAACAACCGAAUUUCGGAGAUCGAUCUCAAAGACAUGGAACCCAUAAUCACCUCCCAGCGACUGCAGGAAGACAGCCAGAUCUACGUCCACGUUAACGACAACCCUCUGAACUGCAACUGCGUCAUCUUCUCGUUCGUACAAUACCUCCUGAACGAGCUGGACAACGCCGUCUACCGAAGGAUCCAGUUCGUUGCCGAUGAUCUACGCUGUUCGGAGCCCCAGGAACUACGGGACGUGCAAGUCUCGAAGCUUCAAACCAAGGAUCUCCUCUGCCAGCUGGACCAACCCGGAACGGAAAUCAAACAUUGCCCGGUGAACUGUAGCUGCCACGUCCGACCACUCGAUCGUGGAGUGAUCGUCAAUUGCACACGGCUCGGACUGACGGAGAUUCCAGCGUUACCGCAACCGACCAUGUUCGGUUACAACUUCAUCGAGCUACACGUGGAGGACAAUAACAUCACCGAAUUGCCGACGGAGAAUUUGACCGGCUAUGGGAAGGUCGCGGAACUGUACGCCAGAAAUAAUGCAAUCGUUGAACUGGUUCCGGCGAAUCUGCCGAGUAGUUUGCGAAUACUGGAUGUUACUCAGAACAAGUUCGUAAUGCUGAAUCAAUCGGUCGUUGAGGCAUUGAACGGCAGCAAAACAUUAGAGAAACUGCACUUGAGUGGGAAUAAGUGGCGUUGUGACUGCAGUUCAGCACUGUUCCUAAACUUCGUGCAACAGAAUCACAGGAGGAUUGCCGACAUGAGUCAGAUUAUGUGCGACACUGGUGAAGAAUUCAGCAUGAUCACGGUUAACAGCUUGUGCAACGAGAGUGUGACUGCAAUCAUAACAGCAAGUGUGGUUUUGUCCAUAGUGGGACUGUUGAUAGGACUGUUCACUGUGUUGUACUUCGUUUACCACAUGGAGAUCAAGGUUUGGCUGUUUACGCACAAUCUGUGUCUGUGGUGGGUCUCCGAAGAAGAGCUUGACAAAGAUAAGCUGUACGAUGCUUUCAUUUCGUAUUCCCACAAGGACGAGGAGUUUAUCACAGAACAUCUUGUGCCUACGCUGGAGAAAGAACCAAUGAACUUCAAAACAUGCUGGCACGUACGCGAUUGGAUGCCUGGCGAACUCAUUCCAACACAGAUUGCCAAAUCCGUCGAAGAUUCCCGUCGAACGAUCGUAGUACUGUCCACAAACUUCCUCGAAUCAGUUUGGGGACGAAUGGAGUUCCGCACGGCCCAUCUCACAUCGAUGGAGGAGAAGCGUUCCCGAGUGAUCAUCAUCAUCUAUGGCGACAUUGGUAACGUAGAAGAUCUGGACCCCGAAUUGAAGGCCUAUCUCAAGAUGAACACCUACGUCAAGUGGGGCGAUCAAUGGUUCUGGGACAAGCUUCGCUACGCAAUGCCACAUCCACCGACGGUCAAGGGUCUCAAAGGCAAAGGUUUGAUUAAAAAUCACCUGAAAAGCUCAGUCGACGAUAAGCUGGAGUUGAUCAAACCGAUUCCAGUUACUCCGCCACAGCUGACGACUCCUCCCGCCGAAAUGAACGGACACGCCAGAUCGCCUCCGUUUACCAUCUCGAACGGAAAAGUCGUCAACGGAAACGGUUACCACAUAAAUGGACAUGUUAUGAACGGCCACGCAAAUGGUCACGUGAACGGAGCAUUCGUCAUCAAUAGUAACGCGAAACAAAGUGACGUAUGAGAAGGACCAGACUGAACACCGGACGCAUGAGAUUAGAAAAAAAAAAAGUAACUCUCGUCAGAGAACACGAUCAGAUUACAACCGAAAACAUGUGAUAAGAAAGACAUAAUAUCAAAGAACCGAAAGCAAGCAGAAUAUUAACGAGUAGCUUAAUGAAACCAGCAACGAUUAUUGGAGUAGACAAUUUGAUACGAAAUUUAGUCUUUUAGAAGCGAUCUCUGAAAUUAGUGAAUACUGAAUCUGAACUGAAACGCGAUCUAACGAAAUAUUAGAGCUUCGGAGGUUAAAAAUUCAAACCCAACACUUUAGAGAACAUUCUGUGUACAUACGAAAAUCUAUUUAUUUCUUAACGGAGAAUCUCGAAUUAGAAAUUUUCAGUUUUAAGGGUAAACCAUUCUAAAUGUUUUCUUGUUUCGUCAAUUCGUUUGAUAGUAAUAUAUGAAGAUAGUAUCCUACUUUACAAAUUAUUAGACGUCGUUUGCGUUUUUUUCCUUUUGUGUAGCUUUUAAUAGUGUAAUCGUCGAAGUCGAAGAAAAGAGAUUUAUUUACAUAUGUAAUUUGUCCAUUUCGUUUGAUCAAAAUUAUUUUGACCAAAUUUUUGUAAAAAAAAACAAACAAUCUUAGGAGCGUAUUUACUAUAAUCUGUACACAACACAACUAAAUACAAUGCUAAGAAACAAAGAACUAGAUCGUAAGUAGUUUGCGUUUGAAACAAGUAUCUGAUUUAAUCCCAAAAAAAUGCAUAUUAAGAUGAUGUUAGUGGAAUCGAAGUAUUGAGAUGAAUCUAUAACGGAAACAGUAUGCAAAAGACUAUCGUUAGAAUAAAUCUGUACAUUUUUUAAAAUUAAA